UACGAGCUUAUCCGUUCACCGCCAGCUUGACGCGACUGUGGGGUCAACAGCGAGCGAAGCUGCCAUUAAGCAGGCUGUAAAGUACUACAAAAUGAAAGCUUUCGAUUAAAUCUACUUUUUAGUCGCUACUGCACAAACGCGGCGACACUUCGUUGGGCGAAUCGUUGUCUUGUCACCGUUUCCUCACUGGAAAUCUACAUCGGGCUAAAGUGGCAGCCAUCGGGCCUCUUCGUCGUGGCCCUGCAGGACUCGAGUGAAGGAAGUUGGGGCCAAACUUCUGCUUCCUCUACGGCUAUCCGCAGGGCCCGGGGCUCCUGUCACCGGCCCUGUGGAUGAGGACGUGAAUACGAAGAUAAUCAGCGCCCAGGAGAAAGGAAUCUCUUUGAUGGGAGAGUCCUCUUUCCUGGCCUCCUGGGUCAAUCAGCGUGCCACGAUGAUGGAUGAGCAGGAGGCGCUGAACUCGAUCAUGCAGGACUUGGCCGAACUGCACCGCUCCAGCCGUCCUGCCAUGUUCCCGUCGGACCUGGCCAAACCCAAAGCCUCUUCGCCCAAGAACCAGAACGACGUGAGAGUGAAGUUCGAGUUCAAAGGGGAGAAGAGGAUCUUGCAGUUCCCUCGUCCUGUCAAGCUGGAGGACCUGAGGGCGAGAGCUAAGGUGGCUUUCGGUCAGACGAUGGACCUUCACUACACGAACAAUGAGUUGGUGAUCCCGUUGACGACUCAGGACGACCUGGACAAGGCCAUAGAGCUGCUGGACCGCAGCGUUCACAUGAAGAGCCUGAAAAUCCUCCUGGUGCUUCAGAUCUCCUCCCAGACGUCUUCUUCCAACAUGGACCUCUUGCUGUCUCACGAGGACCUGGACAACACAGGAUUCAGGGUUGCAGACAAGAAGAGCAUGCUGGCGUUAAUAGGCUCCCAUUCGACAGACCGCAGCUCUCCUCCUCCAGGGUACAUUCCCGACGCCCUCCACCAGGUGGCGAGGAACGGCUCCUUCACCAGCAUCAACAGCGAGGGGGAGUUCAUCCCCGAGAGCAUGGACCAGAUGUUGGACCCGUUGUCUAUGAGCAGCCCAGAAAACUCUGCCUCUGGAAGUUGUCCGUCUUUAGACAGCCCACUGGACAGUGACUACCCCAAGUCCAGGAUGCCCCGAGCACAGAGCUACCCAGACAACCAUCAGGACUUCCCCGAGUACGACAUCCCGGUGUUUGAGAAGUCGGGUAAAGGAGGGACAUACCCGCGCCGCUACGGCAUUCCCUUUGGCCUUCAGGAUUACAGUGACGGGAGGAAAACCUUCCCUCGAGCUCGGAGGACGCAGGUCCACGGCUUCCGCUCGCCGGUCAACUUCAGCCCCACGGAGCAGUCGCCCAGCACCAGCAGCGGCAGCAGCGUCUUCACCCCCGACCUGGAGGAGGCUCCCGGGCCGGCGAGGAGGCCGCGGCGGGGCAGCGACAUCGAGCCCAACCCCAACCCCACCACGGCACCCACCCUCUCAGUCAUGGACAUCAGUCCGCCCAGCCGCUCUCCACGGGCUCCCACCAACUGGCGUCUGGGGAAGCUCCUGGGUCAGGGGGCGUUCGGACGCGUUUUCCUGUGUUACGACGCCGACAUCGGACGAGAACUGGCUGUGAAACAGGUCCCGUUUGACCCGGAGAGUCCAGAGACCAGCAAGGAGGUGAGUGCGCUCGAGUGUGAAAUCCAGCUCCUGAAGAACUUGUGCCACGAGCGGAUCGUCCAGUACUACGGCUGCCUGCGGGACUCCAUGGAGCGAACGCUCUCCAUCUUCAUGGAGUACAUGCCCGGAGGCUCCAUCAAGGACCAGCUCAAGUCGUACGGGGCGCUGACGGAAAACGUGACGCGCCGCUACACCCGCCAGAUCCUGGAGGGAGUUUCGUACCUGCACAGCAACAUGAUCGUGCACAGGGACAUAAAAGGGGCCAACAUCCUCCGGGACUCGGUGGGUAACGUGAAGCUGGGAGACUUUGGAGCGAGCCGGCGGCUCCAGACCAUCUGUCUGUCGGGAACAGGCAUCAAGUCGGUGACGGGGACCCCGUACUGGAUGAGUCCUGAGGUGAUCAGCGGGGAGGGCUACGGCAGGAAGGCCGACAUCUGGAGUGUUGGCUGCACCGUGGUGGAGAUGCUGACGCAGCGCCCCCCGUGGGCCGAGUUCGAGGCCAUGGCGGCCAUCUUUAAAAUCGCCACCCAGCCCACUAACCCCGUCCUCCCCGCCCACGUGUCGGACCACUGCAGGGAGUUCCUGAAGCGGAUCUUCGUGGAGACCAAGCAGCGUCCGUCUGCUGAUGAACUACUGAGGCACAUCUUUGUACAUUAGCCCCCCCCCCUCAUCCCACGGCCCCCUGAGAGCUGACCCCCCGCCUCCCUCCUCCUCCUCCUCCACUCUGAGACCACAUUGGACCAGGAAGACGAGGCUGGAAGAAGGUGGGGUGUACCUUCUCCUCCUCCUGUCUCAGUUUUCGUGAGACUGCCAUAGAAUUCUUAUUUUAUUUUUCUCCACAACUUGCACCUUAAUUUCUUCUCAGACACGGAGGAAUUCAGCACUUCUUCCCCAUUUUUUUUUUCAUGUUUGUACGGUUUCUCUCUUCAAACGCGUUGGUUGGUUGGCGGUGGUGGUGGUAGUUGUAGAGGGGGGCGGAGCCGGGGGCGGGGCCCGACCCCCAGAAUGUAGUCUCCUGCCAAAACCCAGAGCGACGGCGAAGACCUGGGCCCGCUGCUAAAGACGAAGAAGAAGAAGAAGAAGAAGACGACUCCCAGAUGCAGAGAACACUCCCUGAAACGUUCACCUCCACCUCGUCUGUGUCCGCUACGCCUCCUCCUCCUCCUCCUCCUCCUCCUCCUCCUCUCCUCCUCCUCCUCCUCCUCCUCAUCUUGGUUCUUUGCCGUGUGCCUUUUCUGUUUCUUAGCUCGUGGUAGGAAUGAGUCUCUGUGUUGAUUUGCCUCCUCGAUAAACUGCCUUUCAUUUCUGCCUUUCGCUCUAAGUGGCAGGAGCUGUAGUGUGGACACAUACAGGAAGUCCAAGACGGUUUCCAAAAUAAGAGCCUGUUGUUGAUCAGAAUCGUUUGUCCUGCCACGUCUUUUAGGGUUUAGUUCUGUCUUCUGGUUUACAGCCUCUCAGAGCUUCGUCCUCCGUUCUUGCCAAAUCGAAAACGUUAAAAAAACCCGUCGCUUUAGACGAAACCUCAAACGGUUCAGACGGUUCAGCAUCGACAACUAUGCACACACCAGACGGCUCCGCUUUCGCCAACGCUGGUUUGUAGCUGCUCACGUUACAAUAAUAAUAAUAAUAAUGAUAAUAAUAAUAAUCUGGCUUCUACUGACAGUAUCGGUGAGGACUCUGUUUCAUCUGUUGUGAUUAUCUCUGGUACAAACUAAAAACCUUCUCAUCUGCUCCAUGUUGGGUGGGAACACAGCUUCAUCCUCGUCGCUGGGUUUGUGAUGGUGCGUUCAUGGUACUGUUCGUGUUCCCGUCUUUUUCUCCGCACGCAUCCACGUGCAGGAAAUUUCCGGUUCUUUGAAUUUGCUGUAGUUCCUCUCCCCCAGAGACGCUGCAGAUCUCUGCACCGUCUCUUAAUCUGAAGGCUCUUACUCUGAAAGGUUCCCCAGCCUCCGUUGCUCUGGUGGUGAAUGCGUCCGUACGUCCACGCGGGUUGUGGAAACCUGGAAAUGAUGCAUUUUUUUUUUUUUUUCACAACGGUACGUGUCCCCAAAAGACGACAAAAAAAAAAAAAAAAAAAGCUAUGGAAAAGAAAGUCAUGAAAGCGUUCAUGGUUGUAUUGAGUUUGAGGCGGCUGACGGUCGACUGUCAGGUCCAGGUGGACGUUGAGCUGUGAACGCCGCCAGCACUGGUAAACCUUAAUACGCACCCUCAUUAUGCACUAUCCAUUAUUCACUGAGGCUUUUCCACGGCUCCUCGUCGGCUGUCGCUCGUCCGGCUCGGCCCAGCGACCUUUUCUUUGCACAUUUUAAAGACUGUUUGUUUUAUUUUUUACAGAGAGAGAGAGUGAGAGUGUGUGUGUUGAUGGUUCAGUUAACCUUCACAUGAAUGUAAUGUCUCAUUUUUACCGCCAGGUGGCCUCGUUCACCACAGUGGAUUAACUCUUCGAUACCAGUAUUUAACACCUUCAAACGCCAAGAUACACCUGUAGUUCUCUCCUUAGUGUCUAAAGCCACUGCUGCCACUCCUCAGUGUGUGUGUGUGUGUGUGUGUGUGUGUGUGUGUGUGUGUGUGUGUGUGUGUGUGUGAGAGAGAGUGUGUGCGUGUGUGUGUAAUUUGUAUGUUUGUGUGAGUUUAUAAAUGUGCAUUUACUGCAGAUUGUGCUCAUUGGACACUGCGCCCAAAAUGCCUUGAGCAUCCUGACUGUAGAGGUUGAGAACGUUAAAAUAAUAAAAAUAAAGUCUAAAAAAAUAAUAAUAAUAAUAAUAAAAGAAAAUGUACAAAUGUAUAAAAUUAAAUUGUACCCUUUUUUUUUUUUUUUUUUAAAGAAAAACAAAAAUACACUUAUAUCUCUCAUGUUUGGUCUCUGUGUAUUGUAAAAGAAGCCAUGUUUAUAAUUCUGAUUGGUUUGUGACCAAUGCGCCUGUUUAUAUCAGAUCUGUAUAUCAGUGGUACGCAUAAUUUUUUAAUAUAUAUUUUUUAUUUUACUUUUUUUUAAAUGGGAGAUUUUAUGCAUGGUUGGGUCCUGAGAGACGCAGCGGUGCCGUCGAAUGGUUGCUGUUUUUUGGCAAAAUUCUGGAGUAUUGCAACAGCUCUGUGUUCAUAAUUAUAGCAAUUAUGACUAUGACAAUGAAAACAAUAAAAGAUAUUUAUUUCA